AUGUGGUGGGUAGUUGCUUACUGCACCGGUGGAGCAGUUCUACUGUACGCUUUAUAUCGAUGGGUGAUCCCCAGUGUUGUGCAGUAUCAUGGAGGCAUGGCGAUCAUCUGGCAUGAUGUCAUUGUGGAGCGGAUCCUGGACACGCUCACCCAGUCAACACGUCCUCAGCGGCUCCUGGCAGCAGUACAUAAAAAGGCCACCAGAGGGGACCCUCGCAGCGUCGUCAAAGUCAUUGAUGAAUUCUGCAACCACAACGAAUGGGCUAUGAAUGUAGGCGAUGAGAAAGGUUGCAUUCUUGACUCUGUGGUGUCUGAGGCCAAUCCUGUUCAUGUGCUUGAGCUGGGCACCUACUGUGGCUACUCCGCAGUUCGCAUUGCCAGUUUGCUCCCACCUCAUGCUAAACUCAUCACACUUGAAUUUAACCCGGCUUACGCUGCCAUUGCUCGGCAAGUCAUCACAUGGGCAGGUGUUGGUGAUAAGGUACACUUAAUUGAAGGAGAAUCUGGCGAAUGGAUUCCAAAAUUGAAGGAGCAAUAUGGAGUAAAAACAUUCGACUUGGUUUUCUUGGAUCACUGGAAGAAUCGUUACCUAAUCGACACCAAACUGAUGGAGGAUUGCGGCCUCCUUAGAAAAGGGAGCAUCCUUCUGGCUGAUAAUGUCACUUGUCCCGGCACGCCAGACUACCUAGAGUACAUCCGGAACAGCCCACGGUAUAAAAGCCAAUACUUCAAAUCUCACUUGGAGUAUACAAAAGCGGAGGAUGGACUGGAGAAGUCAGUCUUCUUAGGGUAG